GAAAACGGAUCGUUGCACUUUAUCAAAGAAACGCUGAAAUCCGUAAAAUAAUUAAGUUUUCUAUGGAUCUAAAGUAAUUAAAUAAUCAGUACUUAUUAAUUUUAAUCAUGUUCUGGAGCGGGAACUAUAUAGCUGUGAGGGAGCUAAAUUCCUUGCUCAAAGAAGAGAACGUGACGCUCACUCAGGUGCUGGAGGCAGAUGAUGUGUUGCAGGAGUGCAAAGCGGAUAACAAGGCACUCAUACAGUUCCUUACACGGCCUGACAUCCUAGCCGAGCUCGUAACACUCAUCACAGAGGAGCCCCCCAGGAAUGUAGAGCUCAGCCUUCAAUACCGGCACGCCACCAUAGCCUGUGAGGUCCUCACAUCCCAGCUCCCCACACUCUCGGACCGGCUGUCCAUGGACACGGUGCAGAUGCACAGGCUCUGUGACUUCAUCAAUAGGGAUCCUCCGCUGAACCCGCUGCUGGCGUCAUACUUUAGUAAAACUAUUGAGAUGUUGCUUGACAGAAGUCCUAAACAGGACUGGUACUUAUACCACAUCGUGUGCCUCCGCGUCCUGGACUUCCUUAAGGCGAGGCGUGAUUUCCUACCCAAUCUGCUGCGGCAUCUGCACACCUCUGCGGUGUUGGACGCGCUGAAAUGCUUCAUACGGCUUAAUGAUCUUUUCAAUAAGCUCAUUAUGGAGUGGCUAGAAGAGCACCAGUUCCUCGAAGCCCUAAUCGCGAUCAUCUGCGGCACGCACGAGCCGCCGCCCCUCGCGCCGCGCGCGCCGCCCUGCGAGUUAGAAAAGGGCCAACAGGAGGAAAGCGAGAAAGCUGAGAAGGAGGCCGUUGAAAAAGGAGACUUGGACGCGCAAGAUAAAGAAGUACGAGUAGACCCACCGGCAUCUGAGCAGGCGACGGGCGACAACGCACAGGCUGAAGCGGAAGCGGAGGCUAAAGCGGAGCGGGCGGCGGAGCGAGUUCGCGCCAUUGCCGCCGCCAAUGCCGCCGCUCUGCUCACUGACAUCAUCCUUAAUGGCUGUGUGGCCGAUUAUAGCCAGGUUUCGCCUGCCGGGAUUACAAGGUCCCGCACCGCGCACGCGCUGGUGGCGCUGGCGACGUCUCCUCUUGGCGUGGGCGCGCUGCUGCAGGGCAUGUUCACCAGCCCCGGCGCGGCGCGGCGCCACGCGCUGGUGCACGGCGCCAGGCUCUUGCUGAUGGCGACGUCUCCUCUUGGCGUGGGCGCGCUGCUGCAGGGCAUGUUCACCAGCCCCGGCGCGGCGCGGCGCCACGCGCUGAUGGCGACGUCUCCUCUUGGCGUGGGCGCGCUGCUGCAGGGCAUGUUCACCAGCCCCGGCGCGGCGCGGCGCCACGCGCUGAUGGCGACGUCUCCUCUUGGCGUGGGCGCGCUGCUGCAGGGCAUGUUCACCAGCCCCGGCGCGGCGCGGCGCCACGCGCUGAUGGCGACGUCUCCUCUUGGCGUGGGCGCGCUGCUGCAGGGCAUGUUCACCAGCCCCGGCGCGGCGCGGCGCCACGCGCUGAUGGCGACGUCUCCUCUUGGCGUGGGCGCGCUGCUGCAGGGCAUGUUCACCAGCCCCGGCGCGGCGCGGCGCCACGCGCUGAUGGCGACGUCUCCUCUUGGCGUGGGCGCGCUGCUGCAGGGCAUGUUCACCAGCCCCGGCGCGGCGCGGCGCCACGCGCUGAUGGCGACGUCUCCUCUUGGCGUGGGCGCGCUGCUGCAGGGCAUGUUCACCAGCCCCGGCGCGGCGCGGCGCCACGCGCUGAUGGCGACGUCUCCUCUUGGCGUGGGCGCGCUGCUGCAGGGCAUGUUCACCAGCCCCGGCGCGGCGCGGCGCCACGCGCUGAUGGCGACGUCUCCUCUUGGCGUGGGCGCGCUGCUGCAGGGCAUGUUCACCAGCCCCGGCGCGGCGCGGCGCCACGCGCUGAUGGCGACGUCUCCUCUUGGCGUGGGCGCGCUGCUGCAGGGCAUGUUCACCAGCCCCGGCGCGGCGCGGCGCCACGCGCUGAUGGCGACGUCUCCUCUUGGCGUGGGCGCGCUGCUGCAGGGCAUGUUCACCAGCCCCGGCGCGGCGCGGCGCCACGCGCUGAUGGCGACGUCUCCUCUUGGCGUGGGCGCGCUGCUGCAGGGCAUGUUCACCAGCCCCGGCGCGGCGCGGCGCCACGCGCUGAUGGCGACGUCUCCUCUUGGCGUGGGCGCGCUGCUGCAGGGCAUGUUCACCAGCCCCGGCGCGGCGCGGCGCCACGCGCUGAUGGCGACGUCUCCUCUUGGCGUGGGCGCGCUGCUGCAGGGCAUGUUCACCAGCCCCGGCGCGGCGCGGCGCCACGCGCUGAUGGCGACGUCUCCUCUUGGCGUGGGCGCGCUGCUGCAGGGCAUGUUCACCAGCCCCGGCGCGGCGCGGCGCCACGCGCUGAUGGCGACGUCUCCUCUUGGCGUGGGCGCGCUGCUGCAGGGCAUGUUCACCAGCCCCGGCGCGGCGCGGCGCCACGCGCUGAUGGCGACGUCUCCUCUUGGCGUGGGCGCGCUGCUGCAGGGCAUGUUCACCAGCCCCGGCGCGGCGCGGCGCCACGCGCUGAUGGCGACGUCUCCUCUUGGCGUGGGCGCGCUGCUGCAGGGCAUGUUCACCAGCCCCGGCGCGGCGCGGCGCCACGCGCUGAUGGCGACGUCUCCUCUUGGCGUGGGCGCGCUGCUGCAGGGCAUGUUCACCAGCCCCGGCGCGGCGCGGCGCCACGCGCUGAUGGCGACGUCUCCUCUUGGCGUGGGCGCGCUGCUGCAGGGCAUGUUCACCAGCCCCGGCGCGGCGCGGCGCCACGCGCUGAUGGCGACGUCUCCUCUUGGCGUGGGCGCGCUGCUGCAGGGCAUGUUCACCAGCCCCGGCGCGGCGCGGCGCCACGCGCUGAUGGCGACGUCUCCUCUUGGCGUGGGCGCGCUGCUGCAGGGCAUGUUCACCAGCCCCGGCGCGGCGCGGCGCCACGCGCUGAUGGCGACGUCUCCUCUUGGCGUGGGCGCGCUGCUGCAGGGCAUGUUCACCAGCCCCGGCGCGGCGCGGCGCCACGCGCUGAUGGCGACGUCUCCUCUUGGCGUGGGCGCGCUGCUGCAGGGCAUGUUCACCAGCCCCGGCGCGGCGCGGCGCCACGCGCUGAUGGCGACGUCUCCUCUUGGCGUGGGCGCGCUGCUGCAGGGCAUGUUCACCAGCCCCGGCGCGGCGCGGCGCCACGCGCUGGUGCACGGCGCCAGGCUCUUGCUGGCCAUGCGGGAGGACCUAGACUACAACUCUGAACAGGGUGGGUCAGGAGGGUCCAGCACUCGGAACAGUGUGGAGUUGGCAGUGGCACCGCAUUUGCCGCUUUUGCACACGGCGCUCUUGCAGGCGCCUGAACCUUAUAUGCAUGAGCCAUCAUUAUGGGAGGCGCCGACGGACGGCGGCGGGGGCGGGGGCGGGGCCGGAGGCGGGGGCGCGGCGGUCACCGUCCCGGCCGGGGCCGCGGGGGACGCCGUCACCACCGAGCUGCACGCGCCCGAGCGGGGCGGCGGCUCACCACCACCGUCACCACCAUCACCGCCACCAUCACCGCCACCACCGCCGCCACCACCACCGCCCGCCGAGGCACCGGUGCCACCCGCAGAGGCUAAUGACGAACCUGCCGAGCCGUCUGAGGGAUCUACCGAGGCGAUGGCGGAGGGUAAAGGAACGUCGGCUACAGAAGUACCGACGGAGGCGCCUAAACCUCCUCCCGCACCGCGAGUGGCGGUGGGCGCGGCGCGUCUACAGGUUGCAGCGUUGCUGGCGGCAUUAUGUGGCUCGGAGGUGAAUGAAGUGGCUUCCACUAUGCUUACACUAGGUACUCCAGGGGUUCUUAUCGACAUGUUCUUCGCGCACCCGCACAACAACUUUCUUCACGCGCAAGUCCUCGUUAUGGUCCGAAACGCGCUGUCUAACCGCGCUUACAGGACGCAGUACGCCCGUCACAUAUUGGAAGAGUGCGACUUAUUCAACAGACUAAUGGACAUUUAUGAAGAAAAUGAAACGAAUAGGGGAACGGCGAGCAGCCCCCGCGCCGGCUACAUGGGCCACGUGGUGCUGCUGCUGCGGACGCUAGCCCCCGAGAUAGAGGAACGGACUCCAGCCGCGGAACGAUGGGCGUCAUCUUCCAUAGAAUCGAUUAUUAAACAACUUGAUACGCCACUGGGCGGUUACUACCCCUCUGAAAACACGUAUGAAGUCGAGCCGGAAGGCAUGGUCGAGGUGGAGAGUCGUCUAUACAAUCUCUCAAAUGUGAGUAAUACAAAUUAUAGCGGCUUCGCCACCGAUGAAGAUUUUAGUGAGGUUGCGUCGUCGGCCAACAUGAAUAAGUUUAUGGAGCUGAACAAUCGCAUGUGCGACCAAUCGGACAUGUGGGACGACGCGCCCGAAGGCGAGGCGGAGGAGGAAAGAGACAGAGAUAGGGAAGACGACGCGGGUGAAAAGGACGACGAUGACGGCGAGGCGAGGACCACCGUGCACGAUGUCCUUGCGCCUGUUAGCCCAUGGGAAAGCUCGUUCGAAGAAUCCAACAUGGCGGGCGAAAGCUGGGCCCAGUUCUCCGCCGACGCGUUCGGCGCUCCUAUCGACCCGUUCGCCAAUACCGACGCGUUCGCCAAAUCCGACGCGUUCGCUAACGACGACUUCGUUAAGUCUGACGCCUUCGCUAAUGACGCCUUCGCUAAUGACGCGUUCGCGAAAUCCACGUUUACGAGUGAUGCGUUUAAAAAGGAAUUCGAUAGCGCAGCGUUUAAGGAGAACUCGUUUGGUGAAGGAGGCAGUGAGGAGUUCACGCCUUUCUGGGGCUAUCAGGAUAAGGGAGAUGAUGUAAACGGCACGAGCGGUGUAGAGCAAUCCCUCCACGGCCUGCGGCUUGAUGCUAUGGAUAAACCACUAGAUGAAUUAAGCAGCUCUCUGGCUGACAACCUCCGUACUGCUAUGAGUUCCAUGACGCCCGAGGUAAUAGCCAACAUCGUAAACGCAAACAUGACGCCCGCGCUCGACGUUCCGCUCGACGUGCCCAACGCGUCCAAUCCCACAGCGAGCUCCAACGCGUCCAACCUCACAGACGUCUCCAACACGUCCAGUACGCCACCGAACGAACCAUCCAACACACCAAGUGAAAGUGAAAAAGUCAGUGAUAAUGAUUCUAAAGAUCAAAAUCAGGUUCAAGACCCCUCCGAGAGCUGAUCCUCUCGUGGUGGUUAGUUUGUAGUGGCGGAGCGUCCGUACCUCGACACCCGCUGUGGAGGGAGUUGAGCACAAUCCUACAGUAUUGAAGCCAGAUUACCGGCUUGGCGUGACGCGCCACCACUGGUAGUUCGCGGGCCUUCGGUCGUAUACGUAGUGAAAAUGGAACAUGUAAGAUGGAAUAUUCAUUUUAGUGAUAAGUACCUAACCAGGGCUUUAAAUAGGUCAGCCAAAAAGCGUCUGUGUGGUUUGAAAUUUAGAAUUGAAUUUUGAUCGUCAUAGCUCGAAGGAUUAAACACAGACCUUACUAUUAUCUUGUGUCUAUUUUCACUUCGAGCGCCAAAGACCCUGGGUAAGGAUGCAAUACUUAAUUCCUUGUUCAAACUCUGAGCCAUAAAUGUAUGAAUCGUUUGGUCCUAGACAUGGUCGUAUGCUUUACAUACGCAUUUUAUCGUGAACAUAUAGUUAAUUAUGCGCGUGCGAUAGAGAUAGGAACAGGCGGGUAAAUGUACAAGAUUUCCCCUGGUAAACGUCCGUUCUUUAGCUUGCUCAGACUCUAUGUUUUUGCGUAUGUGAAAUAAAUUUCCUGUAUAACAUUAAAUUUCAUACCAAUAUUUUUUUAACACCUGCCUUAGAUUUGACGUGUCAUACAUUUAUCAUUCCAAUUUGGCAAUAUUUCGCUAUGUAUAGCUGAUUAUUGGCUGUGUUUCUAAUUAUAAUAUACCUGGGAACAGUAGGGGCUGCGGCGGGUCCGAGCCUAGAGCCUUGCGGUACUCCGUGCGACAGACGAGUAUAAAUUAAACUUAAUCGCUUUGACAUAAGGUUUAUUUUUACGCUUGUGAGAUAUCUGAUGACUAUAAACUGUUAUGUGUUGACACGAAUUGGUACGGUACGGAAAAAACUUAAACAUGGCAAAUCAUAUAGCUAAGAGAAAAAAAGGGCGUUUUCUAAAAUAAAUAUUGAAAACCUGAUUCUCACAGAUCCUGGUGUUUUUGGGUUCUUUCAACUCGGAAUCACUAGCAUAUUCAAUCCUGAUGAUAAAAAAAUGUCCUAAAAAUUUGUAUGAAAAUUGUACAUUCCACUGCGUCACGCACAUACAAGUGAAUAAAAUAAUCACACUAAAACGUGACGUAAUGGAAUGGAAAUUUUGUGACUCCUUUUUUUAAUGGCAGGAUGGAGAAUGCUGUCGAUUCUGAGUAGAAUGAGCCCAAGAAUGUCCAGAUUUGAAAGAAUCAGGUUUUCAAUAUUUAAUUUUAGUAAACGCCCAUAUUCCAUUUGGAUCUUAGGUCGCGGACUGAAAUCAAGACCGCAUUUGGUCGAGCGCAAUAAAACUAGAUCUAUUUCUUAACUAAAUAAGCCCAACAGCACCUCUAUAGUCCAUGUGAAUAGCGUUCCAUUUAACAACUAUUGGACAAUCUAAAUUGUCAAUAACAGUGUUGCGGGGGCUGUCCCUAACAUGGCGCAUCAGGAAGGCCACUCUCUUGCGCAUUAUGGCUUGGAAGCUAUCGA